AAUCAUCAUAAAAGCACAUGUGACACAAUAUCAACUCAGCCAUUUGCAUAAUUCGUUUCCUAAUGAUAAGGCACAGUGUGAAUGCAGGUUUAAGAUAUCUUUGAAUGAACUGACCUUUGAACGCCCCAAAGUGAAAUUAUUUGAAAAAAAUUGGCGCCAGCAGGAUGAAGUGGCUUGUGUUCGUGUUGGCUUUGCUGGCUAGUGUUAUAUGUGACGAACACAAUCAUUUCUAUGAUGUUGCCGAAGAAGUGGUUCUAUGGAUGAAUACUAUUGGUCCAUAUCAUAAUCGUCAAGAAACUUAUGGCUAUUAUUCAUUACCAUUUUGUCGUGGACCUAAAACAUCAAUUGAACAUGCUCAUGAGACUUUAGGUGAAGCGUUAGUAGGAACAGAACUUCAAUACAGUGGAGUAGAUAUACGUUUCAAAGUGAAUAGACCAAAGUCAACAGUGUGUCAAACUAAUGUUACACCGGAUAUUUUUCUAGCCUUUAGUAUAGCUAUUGAACAACAAUACUGGUAUCAAAUGUAUUUAGAUGAUUUACCAAUAUGGGGUGUUGUCGGGGAAGUAGGCAAAGAUGGACAACCGAGUAUUUGGACGCAUAAAGAAUUAGAAAUUGGUUAUAAUGAGAAUCAAAUUGUUUUUGUCAAUUUAAUCAAUGGUGAUUUAACUCCACUUAAACCAUAUACACAACUAACAUUCUCGUAUGCAGUUAAAUGGGUCCCAUCAGAGAUAUCCUUUGAAGAUCGGUUUGAUAAAUAUUUGGAUUAUGAAUUCUUUGGACAUAAAAUUCAUUGGUUUUCAAUAUUUAAUUCAUUUAUGAUGGUAUUAUUCCUUGUUGCAUUGGUAUGCAUGAUAUUAAUGCGAACUCUACGACGUGAUUAUGCUAGAUAUAAUAAAGAAGAUGGUUUAAGUGAAUUGGAUCGUGAAUUAGGCGAUGAGUAUGGUUGGAAACAAGUACAUGGUGAUGUAUUUCGUUCACCACGACAUGCAUCUUUACUUGCUAGCCUAGUUGGUUCUGGAAUUCAUGUCGCUUUUGUUUCAUUCAUAGUUUUAUUUUUGGCAUUAGCUAAUAAAUUGUAUGCUGAACGUGGAAGUUUUAUUUCUACAGCAAUAUUUGUAUUCGCGGCAACUUCACCAAUUAAUGGAAUGAUUGGUGGUAGUUUAUAUGCACGUACAUCAGGUAAACGUUGGAUUCGACAAUUCCUAAUGGGUGCUACUCUCAUGCCCUUCAUGAUAUGCUGUUGCACAUUUCUUGUCAAUCUUGUAGCUAUCUAUUAUCAUACAAGUCGUUCCAUUCCAUUUGUUACAAUGCUUGCGAUAGCUGCUAUCAUAUUUUUUGUCGUUAUCCCAUUGAAUUUAGUCGGUACUGUAUUAGGUCGAAAUCUAUUCGGUGUGUCGAAUUUCCCGUGUCGUGUAAAUCCAGUGCCAAAACCAAUUCCAGAGAAAAAAUGGUUUAUGGAGCCAGCAUUUUUAAUUAUUGCUGGUGGUCUACUACCGUUUGGAUCAAUUUUCAUUGAAUUGUAUUUUGUAUUCACAUCAUUUUGGGCUUAUAAAAUUUACUUCGUUUUUGGAUUCACUCUACUUGUACUAUUUCUUCUUAUUGCUGUGACAUCAUCAGUCACUGUUGUUGGAACUUAUUUCUUAUUGAAUUCUGAAGAUUAUCGUUGGCAAUGGACAAGUUUUCUAUCCGGUGCAUCUAUCGCCUUUUAUGCCUACGCAUAUGCUAUAUACUACUACUUUUUCAAAACAAAGAUGUUUGGCGUGUUUCAGACGACUUUCUACUUCAGUUAUAUGGCUUUGUUCUGCUUGUUCAUUGGUAUUCUAUGUGGUUCAGUUGGAUAUGUCGCUGCAAAUCGAUUUGUUCGUAAAAUUUAUUCAACUGUGAAAGUGGAUUGAGAACUCCAUCAGAAAAAAAAUAAAACAAUUUUGUUCAUUAUAUAUUUUUUUCUUUAUGAAUUUUGUUUUUCACUGCUCUCUCUCUCUCUCACUCACUAUGGACUGUGAUCUACCUGCGUACACACUUACACGUGUCGUGCUGUUGUUUCCACCCCAUCCCAUCCUACCCCAAUUUGCUUUAGUGUUUCCUUUAUGUGUUUUCCCGCUCCCUUUCUCUCUCUCUCUCUCCUAUUUUAGAUUCCAUAUGUUGUGUUACUUGUGUGUGUGUGUGUGUGUAAAUGUGUACACUCUUCUUCGUUACCCCCCCCUCACCCAUCCAGCAAAUAAGGUUAUCUUCUGAUCCCGAUAGUUGCUUUUUAACUACUUUGUGUGUUUAAUCAAUUGCACCGCUAACACACACACACACACCCACACACAGAGAUCUCCGUUCAUAUCAUCAUUAUGUAACAGAGGUGUUAUUUCAUUGUGCAUUCAUUGGACUGACACUGAUUCAUUUCUCUUUUUCAUAAGGGGAGGUUGUGUGUGUGUGUGUGUGAUUUGUUUGUCUUACCUUCUUCUUGGUCUUUUGCUUCAGUGACGACGUGUAAUCAUUUCUACUCGGAUAUAUAUACAUAUAUAAUAUAUGAAUACUGUAUUUUGUGGCCUGUUUUCUAUUCUGUUCUACAUCAGUUAUAAUCUUUCCUCUGUCGUCUAUACAAGUAGGUUUCUUGUUGAUAAAAUUAAUUAAUUAAUUAAUAUGUAUCGCCUGUGAAUAUAUUUCGGUGUAAAAGAAUAAAUGAUAUGCAUAUGCAUACUUACAUACAUACUAGUUUCAUUCUUAUUAUUGUCAAUAGGUUUCCCAAACAUAAAAAUUUACAUCCUAUGGUUUUAUGUCAAGCAUGCAUGCAUAUAUUUAGACAUUUAGAAAGCAAAAGAAUUGAGCAGCAAAGAAAUAUUUGCCGUUCAUAAUGAGCUGACAUUAGUUAGAGAACCACUGGAAAACCUGCAGAGAGUACUGGACAGCUG